AUGCGACUUGCCAGGAGAAAUUCCCUUCCACCACUGCCUCAUUCAUUGGCUGAAUUAGCCCAUGUUUUUGAGAUUAGGAGUUUGGGCCAGUAUACAUGCUGUGGCGAGUCUUUAUUUAAGGUCUGUGUGCGCGAUGUUGAUGGGCGAGGAUCCAUGAUAUUCGCGUGCACAGCUUUAAUACAAUUAGUAGUUGGUCAGAACAUGGAAGAAAUGCAUGUGGACGCAACGUUCAAAGUAGUCCCUUCAAACAUGGGAAACCAAAUGUUGAAAUAUUUCAUAUUUCUGGAUAGAAUUGCUCCUUUAAUUAAAGAUGUGAAAGUAGAUAAUGAACUUAUUAAUUCGAUGAUGGUGAAACAAAGUGAUGAAAUAGUAAACAUAAAAUUGCCAUUUGAUAACGAAGUAUACAGAUGGAAAGAAGCUGAGUGCAGUGUAAAAGUAUCGAUUACUGAUUUAGCAAACUGCAAAGGAUCAAGGCUGGCAAACGAUUUAUCCAACAUCAUACAAACAAUAUUUACACGGUCCAUGUCUAAUCCAAACAAGAAAAUAGGAUGUAUUAAAAAAUCAAAAUCAUAA